UCCUGAGUCGGCAUCUUCAAGCGCACUAUACGGGUCCCAUUGCUAGUGUUACAAAGCAAUACAGCGUAUUCCAUUCGCAUUUUUGGGUUAAAAGUGAAGUUGGUCACGCCACAGUUCUAAAGCGGUUGACUGAUCCUCAAGGAGCUGUAGUACAAUGACAGCUGCAACCUUGAUCUGCUCAAAAAACCAAGAAAAUGGCCUAAACAUCGAGAAAAUGAGGAAUAUCGACUCCAUUGGUUUUAAGCUUCUUGACCAGUUCAGGGAUGGCCGUAACGAUAAGAUUUGGUGGAGGGUUUUUGCUCUGCUGAUGAUAGCGACGGUGGCUACGAGAUUUUAUAAGUUGGAUCAACCCGAUCACGUUUGCUGGGAUGAAGCACAUUUUGGGAAAUAUGCAAACUUCUACAUUAACCGCACCUUCUUCUUUGAUGUACAUCCUCCACUUGGCAAAAUGUUGAUUGGACUUUUCGGAUAUCUCGAUGGCUACAAUGGGUCCUUCCAUUUCGAUAAACCAGGGGACAAAUUCGAAGGACACCAGUAUAUGGGAAUGCGAAUAGGCUGUGCCGUGAUGGGAGCCCUUUUAGUUCCCCUUUCCUUUUUGACUGUAUGGGAAAUGACUUUCUCCCUUCCAGCUGCGACAUUUAGCGGCUUGCUCAUCCUUUUGGAUCAUGGAAUGUUGACGCUCAAUCGUUUUAUCCUGUUGGAUCCUCCGAUGUUAUUUUUUAUCUCAUCUGCCGUCUAUUCAAUGGUCAAAUUUCACAAUCAAAGGCACAGGCCCUUCAGUAUGUCGUGGUGGUUGUGGUUGUCCUCCAUUGGUGUCAUGCUCUCAUGUUCAGUCGCUGUCAAGUUUGUUGGAAUCUUUGUAGUCAUCUUUGUCGGAUGUCGCACCAUUGCAGAUCUAUGGGAAAUUCUAGGAGAUCUUUCACGGCCUGUGAGUUACACCGUUAAGCAUUUUAUGGCACGCGCCAUUUGCCUGAUUGGAAUGCCGACACUAUUGUACAUGGGCAUCUUUUACAUACAUUUGGCCGUUUUAAAUAAUAGCGGACCAGGUGACGGAUUUUACAGUUCAGCAUUCCAAGUUGGUCUCAAAGGCAACUACCUCCAUGAUGGCAGUACACCACGACAGGUGGCAUACGGUGCUCUUUUAACAUUAAAAAACGCCGUCACGAGUGGAGCUUACUUGCAUUCUCACGAUCAUCUAUACCCCGAAGAAAUAGGCGGGAGCCAACAACAGAUUACCACAUACGCGCACAAGGACGACAACAACAAUUGGCAUAUUAAAAGGCAUAACAAAUUGGCACCCAGCUGGAAUAGCACGAGACCUAUCGAUUUCGUGCGAAAUGGCGACUUGUUGCGGCUCGAGCAUUUUGUAACUGGCAGAAAUUUGCAUGCGCACAGGUCUUUGGCACCCAUCACUAUCAAACAGUUCCAAGUCACUGGAUACGGAUUGGAUGGAGUAGGGGACACUAAUGACAUUUGGCGUCUAGAAAUAGAAGAUGGCGAAGAAGGUCAAAUUCUGGAAACAAUGCUGCAUCGUUUUCGUUUGAUCCACUACAAUCUCGGGUGUGCGUUGACUUGCACAAAGAAAAAACUUCCUGCCUGGGGAUUCGAGCAAGAUGAAGUAACGUGUAACCCGAACAGGAGAGAUCCUAAUGCGAUCUGGAAUAUUGAAGAAAAUAUUUUUCCUCGCCUUCCUAAUGUUUCGUUCCGCUCUUACGAGAAAAACUUCUUGCAGCGCUUCAUCGAGUCGCACGUUGUUUUAAUUAAUGGUAAUUCGGCUUUGAAGCCGAAAGAAGGAGAAGCAACGUCCAAACCUUGGAUGUGGCCAAUCAAUUUGCGGGGCCAGUUUUUUUCUGGUGGUGAAUUACAGGUUUAUUUAUUGGGUAAUCCAAUUAUUUGGUGGGGGAACCUGGUCUUCAUGGUGUUUUACUUAAUCCUGUGGGUAUCCGUUGGUGUCCGUACAAAAAGAAAGAUAACAGUGACAGCAAGAGAAAUAAUUUUGCAGGAAAGGGCUCUGUCUGCCUGCGGUUGGCUUUGGCUUGGCUGGCUGCUUCAUUAUCUUCCAUUUUGGGGAAUGAGUCGCGUUCUCUACUUUCACCAUUAUUUUCCUGCGUUGCUAUUCUCUAGUAUGAUGUCAGGAAUCCUUCUCGAUUACGUAAUAGAAUCCAUACCACUUUCGCUACCCAAGAAUUUGUUCAACGCGAGUUACGCUGCUGUAUUAUCCGCAACGCUAUUGAUUUUGUUUUAUAGUUUCUAUCUAUUCUCUCCACUUGUGUAUGGACUAGUUAGGUAUGCGGAUACUAAUUCUACCAUGCACCAUUUGCACUGGUUGUCCACUUGGGAAUUCUAACGCUAUCUGCCUUAUUUUAUUGCAUUUUUUCAAUAGCAAUUUUUUUCUUCAACCUCUUUUGAUUUUACCAUU